AUGCAGAGGGUGGACACAACAAUGAGAGAGGCAAUAUCAGUAGAAAAAAGAGUAGCCGUCUCACUCUACCGCUUGUGCUCUGCUGCCGAAGACCGCACCAUCGCCGAAUUGUUCGCGAUUGGCCGCUCUACUGUGAACUUGCUCUACAAAGAGUUCUGUACGGCCGUACUGAAAAACCUGGAGGACGACUGGGUGAAGAUGCCUUCGCCAACUGACAUGGAGAAGCAUAUGAGGGAAUUUUUUGCAGUCACGGGAUUUCCACAAGGUGUUGGGGCGCUCGACGGCUGCCACUUUCCAGUGUCACCGCCAAAAAAAUAUGCUUCGGACUACUACAAUUACAAAGGCUGGUAUAGCAUGAUCUUGCUGCCUCUAGCGGACCACCGGUACCGCUUCAGCUACACAAACGUCGGCUCCCCAGGGCAGUGCCACGACUCGUUUGUGUACGGAAGAUCCAAUCGGGGCCAGCUUGUGUCCUAUUUUUUGAUGCAGCUGGCUGUGCCGCAGUUGCUUCAGCUUCCGCUGGUGACAAUUUACUGCAUCGCGGAAGGCUUUCCACGGCAGGUGCAGCUGUCUCCGCCGGUCUAG